ACCACAAAAAAGAAAUGCGUCCAAACAUUCUCGACCGUGAGCCUUCAACGUCAUGUCUGCGCCGCAAUAUUUAUCACCUGCAUGUGCCUCUUUUCGUCUUUGACGUGAUACGCCUUUUUCAGGAUCACCCUAAAUUUCUGCGUGGACUAAAGGAGAACCAAAUCAUCGAUAUGCUGGCAAAGGAGGGUUACGCUUGUGGCGACGUGGGGGCACAAGUGAGAAUGGCGCUAAAAGAGCUUGCUUCAUCCGGGUUCGUACGCUACAUGAACAAUGGAUACAGAACUUUGGGUCCAUUUGCGCGCUUGGCUUUGGCGCGUACACCUCGUCAGUUCAAUACUGCAUGGGAUCGGCUUUGUGAGCUGCAGAAGAUCAGCACCACCAGCUUGAGUUCGUCGCUGAGCUAACGCAGUCACAUCUGAUAAUUGUUGGGAACUUGUUGAGUGAGAAGCUGGUAAAACCCACCGAUUGCAGAGGGACGUAUGGAAAUUGGAAUAUUCGCCUAUAAUUAUACAUAGCAUUGUACAUAAAAAUAUAUAAAAGUAUUUAAGAUUUUACCAGAUAUAACCAAACUAUCGGAUACCUAUUUUAAAUUUAAUGCUUGU